AUGCCACGGAUCCGCCUCGACGAAGCAGGGCCUAUCGAGGUCAUGAUUGAGGCCACGAAACACGUGCUUUCGCUAGCUGCUACCCACGAGCACGGCUCGACGGCGCCGACACCAUGGCUCUCAAUGACAACGGAACCCCUGCAACGUCGGGACACAUACAGGGAAGCGGAACCGCAAUCGGCGCGUGUCUUUGGCAUCCUCUUCACCAUCAUCACAGCGGGCAUCUGCACUUCCCUAUUCACACAGCGUGUAUCGGCAGUAAGGUCGUGGCGGAGGUUGUCAUAUAUCCGGUGGCUGGUGAUACUACAAUACGCGGGCGCCUUCAUCUACAUCCUGAUCGCCGGCGUACUGCAGUACGGUUAUGACGCAAAUCGUGUCAAUGCGGCCUGUAGCGGAGCAGCAAUCAUUUGCAUCGUGGUAUACGGAUUGAUCAAGCUGUUCUAUCUGUUCCUUGCAGAUCGACUCCAUGUCGUCCGCUCGUCAACAAAAAGUCGGUCGCACUCGAAGCUGUUCCUCCUCCACACGACAGGCAUCACAGUGGGGAUCAUAGUCAUGAUCAUAGUCUUCUCAUUCCUGAGGAUCAACGACUAUCAGUACGGCCAGUGUGUCAUCGGUGUUUCCCGCUACAUCAUGCUUGCGGGCUUGUGCGUGGACGUGCUUAUGAAUAUCUACCUGACUUCGUUCUUUCUCUACUACCUCAGCAAGACUUUCAGUAUCCGGCCGUCACGGGGCAUACGCAGCCCGAUGGACCUUAUCUCAUCAGGUAACACGGAGCCGAAAGUCGGCGCCAAGAUACGCGGCCUGGCUGUGCGUACCGUAAUCGGCCUGGCGAUCUCGCUUGCUGCCACAAUAGCCAAUCUCACCGCUUCAAUAAUCAGGGACGGCGAGGUGUACUGGCUGUGCUUCCUGACCUGUAAGGCCGACAUCCUUGUAGGUGUCAUAGUCCUGUACUGGGUAACAGGCAGCCGCAACCGCGAGCAUCCGAACCCCUCGAGCUCAUACGAGCGCUCCCACACUCGAGUGCCACCGUCCCCCGCCCCUCUCGACGCGAUACCGCUGACCAGUCCGUCCUAUGAGGCACAUCUGCGGCUGAGCCGGCGCGCCACGGCCGCCGGCGGAGAGGUGGACUACGAUUUCGACGUGAUAUCCCCAUCGCCCGGGGCGGGCAUACUACCGAGAACCGGGAGCCAAUCCUUGGCACAUCCACCGCCAAUGCCACUGGGCAGGGUCAGGACGAGGGAGAGAGACUUUUGA